CCUUCUUUCUUCUUCGUCUAAAGUCCAGAGAGAACUAAAAUGACGAUGAUAUAAACGCAAACGCUGCCAAUUUCAUCGUCAUUUGCUCACUGUUUGAUCUUUCUUUUUUUGAGAUCUGAAUUUGUUCGAAAUAAAGAAGAGCAAUGGAAGAGCUAAGAUCAGCUAUGGAGGAGCACAUGGAAUUAAUGGCGGAUCUAGUUCAGAAGCUAUCCUCGGAGGUUCGUUCCGGCCUGCGACCCACCUAUGAUAACUUUAUGGGGUUCUUCCAUGCAAUCGACUGGAAGGAACCAUGGUUAAUGUGCUUGCUUGGAUUCCAUGUUUUCUUACUGAUAGUAGCCAUCUUGUCCAGGAAGAAUACUAAUUUCCAGAUGUCUUUGUUCCUUCUUGCAUUGCUUGGUGUUUAUUUUGCUGAGUCGCUGAAUAGAUUCCUUGGUAACAACUGGAAGGAAUUUGCUAAACAAAACUAUUUUGAUCCGAGUGGACUUUUUUUGUCGGUACUCUGGUCUGGUCCUCUUCUUAUUAUCGCAAUCAUCAUCUUGAUAAAUAGUCUUUUCUCCAUGUGUUACCUAAUAGUUAGAUGGAAAAAGGCGGAGCUUAGACAUCGUGCAAGGCUUGCUAGUAACAAGAAGGAUUGAAAUUGUCAGGUGCUGCAUUACUGCCACUUUCAGUGUGAUAAGCAUGUGCAAUACUUAUAUUUCUUAUUUUUGUUUUCUAUUUCUUAUGUCUAAAGGUGUUCUUUACUUCUUUUCAAAUGUAGAAUUGUUCCAUUGCAUCUAGUUCUCC